AUGUUGUUUUCAAAGGAAGGAUUCUUGUGGACUCCCGUGUCAACAAAGGAAGGCCUCCGUACCGAUGCAGUGAUUCAAAGCUCCGUCCAUAUAAGGCAGAGCUACGAUGUCAUUGUCAUCGGGGCCGGAUUUGCGGGGCUCAUUGCAGCACGCGACCUCAGCCAAAAGCAUCACCUCAAGGUCCUCAUUGUGGAAGCCAGAGAUCGAAUUGGUGGUCGCACUUGGACAGCGCAAGUUCUUGGGGAAGAAAUGGAGAUGGGAGGAACCUGGGUACACUGGGCACAGCCCCAUUUGUAUGCGGAACUCCAUCGGUAUGGGCUGCACCGCAACCUUAAAACCUCCUCUGGCACCUAUUCCCCUGAAAAGCAGUUCUUCAAGCAAGCUGGGAGGCCGGUGGAAGAGAUAUCCUUGAACAAAGCAGCAGAAGCACUUGAACGCGUUGCACAGAUGUUCUUCACAGUUGACAGCACUGACAGCCGUGGGCUUAUGCCGUAUCCGCAUGACCCUUUACGUGAACCGGCCAAAUGGAAGCAAUAUGAUCAUUGGACGGUAAAAGACCGACUUGAUCGUUUAGAGGGCCUACCUAUGUGGGAAAAGCAGCUUUUUGAGUCAAUUAUCAGUACUUUUGGAAGUGCGCCUGGAAAGGACAUUGGGUUUACGGAGGCUCUGCGCUGGUUUGCUCUAGGUGGACACAGCAUGAAAGGUGUUUUCGAUUUAGCUGGCACAUACAAGCUUGGGAAUGGGGGCAUGACCUCUCUUGCUAGAGCGAUUCUGGACGAGUUCCUCGGUGAUAUUUUGCUGAAUACGGCAAUCAAGGAGAUCCAUCAGAGCUCCCCAGGAAUCAAGGUAGUGACGGCAGAAGGCCAGCAACUGAAGGCGAAGACGGUUAUUUCGACAAUUCCACUAAAUUGUCUCGGAGACGUCAAUUUCGAUCCGCCACUCUCUCCAGUCCGUGAAGCAGCUAUCGCCCAAGGCCACAUCAACAAAGGCGCGAAAAUCCAUUUCAAGUUAAAGUCCACUGAAGCAGGAUGGUUCGUUACGACCGACCCUUCAGGGGAUUCAUCCUAUGUCUUUGGCUUCUCCGAUCACAAUGGCACAAACAGCGCUUGCCAAUCCGGCACGUGGUGCAUCGGGUUCGGCUAUAAUGGCCAUCUGACAGACAAGAACGAUCACCGGCACAUUAUCAAGAAAUUCCAGAAUGAUCUCCGUUUCAGUGCAGAUAUCGAGGCCUACGCUACUCACGAUUGGAUGAAUGACCCAUAUGCCAAGGGUGCAUGGGCUUGUUGGGGACCGAGCUGUGCCUCGAUGUACUUAGAGGAGCUUCAAAGAGCUCACGGCCGAGUGAUUUUUGCAAGUGCUGAUUGGGCAAAUGGAUGGCGGGGGUUUAUAGAUGGAGCGAUUGAGCGUGGUCAAUGUGCUGUGCAGGAGGUGGUCAAGAUGCUCAAGGAAGAAUAUGGCACAGCCCAGCCACAUUUAUGA